AUGACAAACCUCGCGGUGAGCGACAGCGACGUGGCCGGCUUGGUGAAGGCUGCACAGGAGAAGCAAGUAGCCCUGGUCUUUGUGGGCCCCGAGGCGCCACUGUGCGCAGGCCUCGCGGAUGCCUGCGCGGCAGCCGGCCUGCCGUGCUUUGGACCCACAAAGAUGGCUGCCGAGCUCGAGGCGUCCAAGGCCUUCUCCAAGGACUUCUUUGCCAAGUACAACCUGCCUACGGCCGCCUACCGGAACUUCAAGUCCGGAGAGCAUGAAGCUGCCUUGAAGUAUGUGGAAGACGAAUAUGCAGCCGGAAGGGAGGUGGUGGUAAAAGCCAGUGGUCUGGCAGCAGGAAAGGGCGUCUUAAUGCCCCAGUCUGUAGAGGAGGCCAAAGCAGGCGUGAAGGAGGUGAUGGUGGACAAAGUCUUUGGCGCAGCGGGCGAUGAGCUGGUUGUGGAGCAGCUCCUGAUCGGUGAGGAGUGCAGCUGUAUGGCUUUUGCUGAUGGCCAGAUCGCUGCUAUGAUGGCUCCUGCGCAGGACCACAAGCGAGUAGACGACAACGAUCAGGGCCCCAACACGGGCGGCAUGGGUGCCUACGCACCGGCACCAUGCCUAACGCCUGAGCUCAAGGUUCAAGUAGAGGAAGUGCUCCAAAGAACGGUGGAGGCCUUGGCCAAGGAAGGGCGGAAGUAUGUGGGCGUGCUCUAUGGUGGCUUCAUGCUCACCAAGGAUGGCCCCAUGCUGCUGGAGUACAACUGCCGUUUUGGGGAUCCUGAGACGCAGGUCCUCUUGCCUCUGUUGGAAUCCGACCUCUUCGAGGUUGCCUUGGGCUGCGCGGAGGGCAACUUGAAGGCGAGGGUUCCAGAGGUUCAGUGGAAGUCCGGCGCCGCAGCGACCGUGGUCUGCGCGGCUAAGGGUUACCCUGGCUCCUAUCCCAAGGGCUUGCCCCUGAGUGGCCUGGAAGCCGCUAAUGCAGUUGAGGGCGUGAAGGUCUAUCAUGCCGGUACCAAGGCUGCCGAGGGCGGCCUGGUGACCAGUGGAGGACGCGUUCUGGCGGUGACUGGUCUGUCCACCAGUCUCAAGGAUGCUCUUCACAGGUCGUAUGAGGCUGUUUCAAAAAUCAGCUUCGAUCCUCCGGGAGCCACUGGGUCCAUGCACUUCCGAAAGGACAUCGGCCACAGGGCCCUGAAAAGGCUGGAGGCUGCUUGA